AUGGGACCACCUGUCGUGUAUUCCGAGUCCGCGUCGCCGGAAACUGAACCAAACGAGCAGAUUCUCGCUGAUCUGAUCGACGACGAGGAUGGCGAGUCGAUUUCUGGUGAUAUGUCGACGGUAUCGAUAACAAGCAGCAUUCUUGCGUACCGAAAUCGCUAUGGGAGGACGUAUGAGAAUAUUCAGUCGACAGAGUAUUGGGCGCCCAAUGAUGCGCAGCAGAAUCAUGGUCUGGACCUCACGCAUGUCGGACUGUUCUUCACUCUCGAUGAGAAACUGUUUCUUGCACCUAUAGAAGCACCAAAACGUGUGUUGGAUAUCGGUACGGGGACGGGGAUUUGGGCGAUUGACUUUGGAGAUGAAUACCCAGAGGCUGAAGUCACAGGCACAGAUCUGAGUCCUAUUCAACCAGUCGUGGUUCCUCCAAACGUCAAGUUCGUCAUUGAAGAUUGUCUUCUCGACUGGACGUGGCCUGAAAACCACUUCGACUUUAUUCACAUCCGCGCCAUGUAUGGCAGUGUUCCCGACUGGGUCGACCUAUACAGCAAGGCAUAUACGCACCUUGCACCAGGAGGCUGGAUCCAAGAUCUAGAAAUGGACGUCAAGCUCCAAUCCGAUCACGUCAAGUUACCCCCCGACCACGUCUUCAACACCUGGGCUGAUACAUUCUACACCGCCGGUGAGAAAAUGGGCCGUUCAUUCGCCGUUUGCAAAGGACACACGAUGCGGGAUAAUCUCAGAGCAGCAGGCUUCGUCGACAUCGUGGAGAAGAAGAUCAAGGCGCCCAUGCACCUGUGGCCCAGUGACCAGAGGCUAAAACGAGCAGGAGAGCUGUUCCUAGAGGCUCUGGAGCAGAGUAUUGAAGGGUAUGCGACUUUGCUGCUGAUGGAUCUGCUGGGGUGGUACAGAGAGGAGGUACAGGUGUUGCUGGGGCUGUUCCGUAAGGAGAUGAAGGAUAAGAGUAAAUGUGCAUGGGUUGAGACGACCGUUGUGUAUGGCCGGAAACCUUUUAGUGAUGAGACGACGACGAACUAG